AUGGGGGAUCAUAAAGCUCCAGGAGACAAGGCACCCCAAGCCCCCGGGCCGGUGCCUUCAAUUCAGGACUUGAGCGGUGUUUGGGUGCUUGUUCAGAAGCGUGUACAGAGCACUGUUGAUGCUAAUAUAACAACGCAGGAAAAACACCUCUCGUCAAACAUCCCUCUCAUUCUCAAACUGCAAAAAAUCCCCUGGCUCGUUCGAAAAGUCAUCGACUCCGCCCCUAUCCAUCUCCAUGCAACGCAGUACACGUCCACAGACCCGAAAACCAAUGAGCCUAGAAUACAUUUGGACCUUGUACAGCGUUCGUCUGUGAACAUCGGAAUUGGGGAUAUCGAGGAUAACCGCAUUCUAGACUGGGAGGAACGACCGCACGAGGACUACGUUUUUGGGAGUGUCGUUACAAGGAGUCGAUAUGUCACUGGUGUAGGGUUUGGGGAGGACGAAGACGGGAAGGGAGCAAGGCCUGACAUACACCUAAGCCUUGAUGUUGGUUGUGAGGAUGGGGAGAGAAUAUUGAGGUUUCUCAAGGGAGAGAUUGAUGCUGAUGGGGGCGAUUGUGACGGGUUCCUUGUUGAGCCAUGGCCUGGCUGUGAUUCUGAAAAUGCAGAAGGGAAAGGGCUCUGGGUGCAGACUCUGGAACGCAGUGAGAAGUCUGCAUGGACUGCAGAGACGAUCUGGGGGUUUGAAAUGAUGAACGGGGAGAGAUGUCUGACCACCCGGGUUGCUGCUGUGGAUGGAAAGGGAGAUUAUCAGCUGGGGAAGUGUGUUUUUCAACUGUUGAGCAGGGAAUGCUGA